UUUCACACUAACUUCGGCCUUCAUGGCAACUUCCUUCCAGCUUUGAAUUAUCUCAAGUACGUACAAUAUAAAAUCGAUCGAGGCCUUGGCCUUAAUAACUGAUCAUAAUCAUCAUAGAAAGAGAUAUUGAUCAUGGAAUUGCAAAUGGUACUGUUUCGGAUGCUUGUGUUAGUGAUCAUGUGCUCGGCACUCAAUGCAUUCGCGCGAGUAUCGAACGUAAUAAACCGUUCAUGUCAAGAAGACUGUGGGAAUGUAAGCAUUCCAUACCCUUUUGGGAUCGGAAAUGGUUGCUACGUCGGAGAUUGGUUUGAGAUAGUUUGCAGAAAUGACUCUUUACAAAAACCCUUUUUGAAGACGAUCGACCUGGAGGUGCUGGAGAUUAACAUAGCUGAAUGCACAGUUCGCGUCAGCUAUCCCAUAUUUUCGAGCUGUACCAAUGUCACGAACAGCACAAAGAAUAUGAAGUUAGAGAAAAGUCCUUUCGGCUUCUCCGGAUACUACUACACGAACAGCUUUGUUGCCAUGGGUUGCAACAACUCUGCCUCCAUGCGGUCCAUUUUUCCCGAUGACUCGGUUUCAUAUGGUGGGUGCAAUUCCCCUUGUGACAGAGCUCCAUUCACCAAUGGAAGUCGUUGCAACGCCACAAAUUGUUGCCAAGCUACAAUUUCUUCUACUCUCCAAGCAUUCUCUACAACUAUAGAGCCAAAAAAUUCCUCCAAUAAUGGUUAUGGUAGUAGUAGAGAGUGCAAGUAUGCAUUUUUGGUAGAUAGGAAUUGGUUUGAGACCAGUUUCACAGAGCCGAAACCAAAUAUGUCAGUUCCAGUGGUAUUGGAAUGGGGGCUUGACGUUACUACUUUCUAUUCUCUUCCCAUACAGAAAAACUCGACGGCAAGGGAAUACAAGAACUCGACCUAUUCUUGUUAUCCAUGGCGGAUGUUGCAAAAGUUUACUACUAUGUAUUGUGAGUGCGAGAGAGGCUACGGAGGAAAUCCGUAUCUUGUUGGAGGAUGUGAAGAUAUUAACGAAUGUGUAGACCCUGAGUACUUUAACGUGACUUGUACACCCGAUACACGUUGCGAAAAUACUGAAGGUUUUUACCGUUGUGUCGCUGCUAAGAACACAAAGCUUUCCAUAAUCAUAGGUGUUAGCACAAGUCUUGGUGUAUUAUUUCUGAUUUUUUGUGGAUGGGGGUCAUACAAAGUGAUAAAGAAAAGGAUGAGGAUUAAACGCAAGGAGAAGUUCUUCAAACAAAAUGGUGGACUACUGCUAAAGCAACAACUGUCUACAAAUAACAAAGUCAAUGUUGAGAACACAAAAUUGUUUAAUUCAAAAGAAUUGGAGAAUGCCACUAAUCGUUUUAGUGUGGAUAGAAUAAUUGGACAUGGUGGACAAGGCACUAUUUACAAAGGUAUGUUGGCAGAUGGAAGAAUUGUUGCAAUAAAAAAAUCCAUGGUCAUAGAUGAAGAAAAACUUCAAGCAUUCAUAAAUGAAGUCGUGAUUCUUUCACAAAUUAAUCACAGGAAUGUGGUUAAGCUACUUGGUUGUUGUUUAGAAACUGCAGUUCCGCUUCUAGUUUAUGAAUUCAUUCCUAAUGGAACUCUUGCUGAAUAUCUCAAUGGCCAAAAUGAGGAGUUUCCACCAACAUGGGAUAUGCGUUUACGAAUUGCUAUAGAAGUUGCAGGGGCUCUUUUCUAUUUGCAUUCAGCAGCUUCUUCACCCAUUUACCAUCGUGACAUUAAGUCUACAAACAUCCUCUUAGAUGGGAAGUAUAGAACGAAAGUAGCAGAUUUUGGGAUUUCAAGAUCUAUUGCUAUUGAACAAACUCACCUAAGCCCACUAGUACAGGGAACUUUUGGAUAUUUAGACCCUGGGUAUUUUCGAUCAGGCCAAUUUACAGAUAAGAGUGAUGUUUAUAGUUUUGGUGUUGUUCUUGCUGAGCUCUUAACUGGAGAAAAAGCUAUCUCGUCAAUAGGAACGGGAGAUACCAAAAGUUUAGCUGCAUUUUUUGUUAGUUCGAUGGAAGGAAACAAUUUAUUUGACAUCCUUGAUAAUCAAGUUUUGAAGGAAACGAAAAAAGAAAAAAUCAUUGCGGUUGCAAACCUUGCGAAGAGAUGCUUGAACUUGAAAGGAAUGAAACGACCUACAAUGAGAGAAGUUGCAAUGGAAUUGGAGGCCAACCAAAUGUCGCAAAAAGCUUCUAGCCUUAAACAGAAAUAUGGAGAGAUUGAAGAUGUCAAAAUAGAAAUAUCCGAGCAAUAUAAUGUUGUUUCUAUAUGAGCAAUGUAAGGCAUGGAUAGUCUCAUCGCGACCUCAUCCUUAGAUACACAACCAUUAUUAUUAUCUUCUUAAUCAUCAAGUCAUUAUUACA